AUGAGUAACCCUUUAUUAAGUCCUGCUCCCUUAGAGGACCAAGCAAAGCUUCUCGAUGAAGUUUUAAAUGUUGUCAAAGUACAAUCCCAUCUCAUGAAGAAAUGUCUGGAAAAUAACAAAUUAAUGGAUGGGUUAAAACAUUGCUCUAACAUGCUUGCUGAAUUACGUACUUCUGCUCUUACUCCUAAAAACUAUUAUGAGCUCUAUAUGUCCAUUUUCGACGCUAUGCGUCAUCUCACUGUGUUUCUUACAGAAGCCCAUACCUCGGGCCGUCAUCACUUAGCCGACCUUUAUGAGCUUGUUCAAUAUGCAGGAAAUAUUGUACCUCGUCUUUAUUUAAUGAUUACUGUAGGUGCAGCUUACAUGAGCAUUCCCGAUGCCCCCGUCCGUGAAAUUAUGCGAGACAUGAUGGAAAUGAGUCGUGGUGUUCAGCAUCCUAUACGUGGUCUUUUCUUGAGAUACUAUUUAAGUAGCAUGACGCGUGACUAUUUGCCAGUGGAUAAUAGCUCAGAUGAAAAUGACCUCUUUGAAUCCAUACAGUUCAUUCUAACUAACUUUACUGAAAUGAACAAGUUAUGGGUUCGUUUACAACAUCAAGGACAUUCUAGAGAUCGUGAAAAGCGAGAAGCUGAACGUCGUGAGUUGCGUAUUUUAGUAGGAACUAAUUUAGUACGUCUGAGUCAAUUGGAUAGUGUUGAUCUUGCCAUUUACAAAAAGGAUAUUUUGCCAGGUAUUUUGGAUCAAGUUGUAAGUUGUCGUGAUGUAAUUGCUCAAGAGUAUUUGAUGGAAGUCAUUAUACAAGUAUUCCCAGACGAUUUCCAUUUGCGUACGUUACAACCAUUCUUGGCAGCAACUGCACAGCUACAUCCCAAGGUGAAUGUAAAACAGAUUAUUAUUUCGUUAAUUGAUCGAUUGGCAGCAUUUGCAGCACGCGAGGCUGAAGAUGAGUCACAAAAGACACGUGAAGAAAAUGUUCAACGUAUUGCCAAUGAACGUAAAAGAAGAUUACAAGGCAUCGAGCCUCAAGAGGAGGAGGAAAAAGAAGAAGAGAAUCAAAAAGAUGACGAAAAAGAAGAAGAGAAUGAGGACGAGCUAAAAGAAGAAGAAGAAGAUAAACAAGAAGAUGACGAAAAAGAAGAAGAGAAUAAGCAAGAAGAGGAAUCAACAACUACUGAUAAGGAAGCUAUUAAAAAAGUACGUGGUAUCCCUGAAGAUGUUGAACUCUUUGUUAUUUUCUGGGAAGAAAUUGUUGAACUUGUCAAGGCACGACCUGAUCUUACUGUUCAAGACUUGACUGCAUUAUUAGUUUCUUUAGUUAAUCUUUCUUUGUCUUGCUAUCCAGAAAAAUUCGAUUACGUUGAUCAGAUUCUUGCCUUUACUAAAGAUAAAGUUAUUGAAUAUGCUGAUUCUCCUGAUUUGCAUUCCAAAGCCACUGAGGCAAAUCUUCUUGCACUCUUAUUGGCACCUAUUCAACAAUAUCGAUCUGUCCUUUAUAUCUUGGCUCUUGCUAACUAUCAACCUCUUUUAUCUCUUCAACCUUUCAAUACACGACAGGUUAUUAGUCAUGCCGUUGUUAAUAGCAUUUUGAAAAAUGAGACAAUAAUUGAGAUACCCGAGGACGUUCAUGGUGUCCUUGAAUUGUGUGAUGUUUUAUUAAGAGAUCAAAAGGAUGCUCCUAUGACUGCCUAUCGACAACAAAAAUCAGAUUUAUACGAAGAAGAUUAUUUAGAAAAGCAAAGUCUUUUGGCACGUAUGAUUCAUCUCUUCCAAUCGCCUCAAGAGGACACACAAUUUCUUCUUUUGUCAGCGGCUCGAAAGCAAUUGGGUGAUGGUGGUGAUCGUAUCCGCUACACUUUCCCUCCACUUGUUGUAUCAGCCGUCAAACUUGCCCGUCGUUACAAACAAUUGGAUAAUGGAGAAGAAGAUGAAAUAUGGGAAAAGAAGAUAUCUGCCUUAUUCCGUUUUAUUCAUCAAGUCAUUUCGACACUUUAUCAUCAAUGUCCUUCUAGUUCUGAUAACACAUGUUUGCACUUAUUUUUACUAGCAGGACAAAGUGCGGAUGAAUGUGGUUUUGAAGAGAUAGCAUAUGAGUUCUUUGUAGAGGCAUUUACGAUUUAUGAGGAAUCCAUUUCAGAAUCAAAAGCACAAUACCAAGCAAUAACAUGCAUUGUAGGCGCUCUUCAGCAAACGCGUGUCUUUUCUGUCGAUCAUUAUGAUACUUUGAUUACAAAGGCAGCGUUACAUAGUUCCAAGCUACUCAAAAAGCCAGAUCAGUGUCGUGGCGUUUAUUUAUCAUCCCAUCUUUGGUGGGCAACAGGUGACAGUGAGCCUUUAUUCAGAGAUGGAAAGAGGGCCCUUGAAUGUCUUCAAAAGGCACUGAAGAUUGCUGAUAGUUGUAUGAAUCCUGUUACAAAUGUUGAAUUAUUUGUAGAGAUUCUGAAUCGAUAUAUUUAUUAUUUUGAAAAAGGCAAUGAAGCAGUUACAGUGAAGUAUUUGAAUGGUUUGAUUGAUUUAAUUCAUACUAAUUUGGGUAACAUGGAUAAUCCUGAUCAACAUCCACCUACUUCUACAUCAUCUGCACUUAUUGAGCAUGAAGGUUCUAUUCCUGAUUAUGUUCGACGUCAUUUCCAUGCUACCCUAUUACACUUACAAAAUCGUAAAGAACAAUGUACACGUACGGAAACAGGACCUAAAUACGAUGAAUUAGAUCUUGGUAACUUUUAA